UAUUAUUACAAUAUUACCUCAGCAAUGGGUUAGGGGUCAUGCAAAAGCGAGGCCUUCGAUUGGCUCCCUUCCGCUUCCGAAGCCGCCUCACAGAAGCGCAAGUCAUACCACGCCAAAAUCCUUCACCAUCGUGUAUCAGUCUCUCUAUCGAUAUCUCACCGAACACUAUCAUAAUCAACAAUGGCUAUCCCUCCUAUCACUGGAAUGCUUAAGCGCGCUGUGAUCCGUGAUAUCACUAUCGCUCUGAGUCUUGGAUUUGUUGGCGGAAGCUACUACUGGAACCACAUGAACCUCCCCUACAUCCAGCGUCGCGAGGAGGGCCAGCGCAAGCUCGAGGCCAUCCAGUCCAGCCCGUACCCGGAGCUCCACUUCACCAAGGAGCAGCUCGAGAGACAGGCUGCUCUUUUCAAGUUCCCCGAAUAAACGCCUCGUUCGACUUCAGCAACUUUUUAUUAUUUUCUCUCGGUUUUUAGUUUAUCCAUCUAUUGCAUCUUUAUAUUUUUUGGACUCUUUUGUGUACCUCUGCGUGGGAUAUAGCUGCAAGGUUUGAGGAAGGGAUGAGUCGGGCUGAGGUAUUCAAGUGAUGGAAAACCACACUGGUGCUUCCCAGAAAUUAUUCUAGUCUUGUUUAUCUUUCAUUCUCUUUGUUUUGUAUUUUUGCGUCACAAUAAAUCUACGAGGCUGCCAAAGACUAUUCAAGCGAGACUGCUAUCAAGCUGUCAAAUUAAAGUGCAAAGAUUGCAAAGU